AUGCGGCACUCGCGCGCGAUGGCGGCGGGCGUGCAGGACUGGGGGCCGCCGCCGUCGCGCCACUUCCAGGUCCUCAAAACCAUCCACGCGCGCCUGGCUGAGCUGGAGGGCAUGGACCAUGAGAGGCUGCAGGAGGCGCACGGCAUGAGCCCCGACGACUACGUCGCAGCCUUCGAGUACCUGAACGAGCAGCUCGCCGCCCUCCUGGAGAGCAUCGACGACAUCACCGACACCGCCACGCGCUCCGCCCUGCUGUACAUGGAUACAGUGAUGGCAGACCCGACCACCGGCGGGCUGGAGGUGACCAAGGGGGGCCUGGAGGCCAUGGGCAGCUUCCUGGCAGCUGCCGAGAAUUUGGAGGCGCUCAAGUGGUGGGCCAGGGCGUUCGGGGCCAACCACAAGCAGCUGAACGUGACGAGGGUUGUUGAGGCGGCUGGCCUGGACGGCGACGACUGGUUCGUCCGCCGCAGCGACCGCGGCGCCGCCGCCGAGGCCGCCGCCGCUGCCGGCCCCAGCGGCGGCGCUGUGCUGCGGCCAUAUGUUGACAGCCAGCGGGUGGAGUGGCUGGCGGCGCUGGACGGCGACAACCUGCGAUUCAUGGCGGACAUUGAGGAGCAGCAGUACAGCCAGGACGUGCUGAUCAAGUGGUCGCUGCACCCGGCCAUCGGCCCCCGCCUGGCCAGCGGCCAGUGGUACGAGGAGGCGCGGCUGCCGGGCGUGCUCCAAGAGCUCUUCAGGGAGGCCCAGCAGCCGUGGGAGGGCGCAGACUACGAGUGGGUCGCGGGCGGCGACGCCGCCGGCGCCGCCGCGGCGCGGCGGCGGCGGUGA